GAAUGUUCUGCUUUAGCUUUGACCGAACACGUCCACCUAUGACUUUAAUGCGUUUCUAGCUCCUAUGGGGUCAGUCGAAGCCUUUUGAGAAUAGCCGAUAGGAAAUAAAGAAGUGUAUUUCACCAUUGACGUUUCCAUUAUUGAUACGUCAUUGGGAAGCGAACAUCUUGUGCCUUUAACCGGUCUUUGUAACCAUGACAACAGUGGCGCCAGCUGCUGCGGGAGCUACUAGCAGCAAGGAUGGAGCAAAUAGUUGGAUAGUUGGCAACAAUGUCGUCUUUCGGACUCAAACUGGCGAGGACAUUUCAGGCUGUGUCUUCGCUUUCGAUCGUCAGAGCAACUUGUUGGUCAUUAAGGAGAACGGAUCUCACUCGGGCGUAUCCAACCUACGGAUGAUUAAAGCCAGCGCUGUGCGGGAGGUGGUGUCCUCAGUACAGCCUGAGCGGCCUUUCAACCUAGAGCUUCCCCAUGUGGACUUGGAGCGCUGCAGAAAGCGUGAGGAGAAGGCGUUGCAGCAAGCAGAAUUGGAGUCCGCGCGUGUAGGCCAUGGCGUGACUAAGGAGGCCCAGGCGAUUUUUGACGCACUAGUAAAGACGAUGCCAUGCGUCUGGCGCAACAAGGUCAUCGUGGUGCUCGACUCUGUGUAUGUGGAGGAGCCGUACACCCCCGACAACUGCCGGGCGGAUCCGGAGCACUCCGCAACUCGGGAGCGAGUCAAGAUGGUGCUGCGGCUGGAGAGGGAGCGGCUGGGGCUGUGAGGAAGCGGCUGGGGCUGUGAGGGAGCGCAUGAGCGGAGCAGGAGG